AGGGAAUAUUCGAAGAAGAUGCAGGUUUGAUGAAUCAUGAAGGAUAUUUCUCAAAUUUUUCGACUAGUCGUAACAACACUCCUUCUGAUAGUGCCACCUAUUCUAUUGAUAGUCUAUGGUAAGAAGUAUGCUACCCUUACUUGGGACAGUGUCAUUACACAUGGAAUAUUUAUGCUUUUUGGAUUUUGCUCCUUUUUGGGAACUGCUGUUUCAUCAUUCAAGAAUUUACCCAUCAAGUCUCGAAUGACUAGAAAGUUGAUACACGUCCUUCUUCACACCUGCUGCCUGGUCUUUAUGUUUAUUGGCUGGGCACAAAUCCACAAGAUUACUGAGAAGAGCCAUGGUGGUCAUGGUGGUCAUGGCGAUGAUAGCCAUGAUCAUGGAUCUGAAGACCAUUACCUAAGUGUUCACAGUUGGUUGGGAGUGUUGACAAUGACUGUCUUCUGUCUUACGUACCUGUUUAGUGCAGUCCUUUUCAACCCCUAUCUGAAGUUCAUCAAGCCAUCUAUUCGCAUGGCAGCCAAGCCUUUUCACAUAUCUUCAGGCAUAGGAGUGACAGUUCUGGCUGCAGCUGCAACAACUACAGGUCUUUAUAACUACAUAGAAAAGUAUGUUCCUAACGUAUUUAAAUCAAGUCAAACUCCUGCCCUACGAUUGAUUCUCAGUGCUGCUCUCUUUGUCGGAAUUGCCUUCUUUGUCCUAAUGUUUUCCCUUGGAGUUAUCCACCCAAAUCAAACGGGUAAACCAAAGGUUAAUCAAACGCAGCUUAAAGAAGUGAUGGUGAAUGAAACAGUUGUCAAUUCUUGAGCUAUCACUAAACCUAUCAUAGUUGGUGUUAUUUUCAGAGCUGUAACAUCGACCAGAACUCUGCACUUUGUAGUGAUAGAUUAGUUUUAAACAAUAAUUUUAGUAGAAUUUAUUAUUUAAAGUAUUAGUAUAAGAUACAAAGUUGUACAAAUUAUGCAUUGUAAAUUUAAAGAUAUUAUUGUAAACUAAUUUAGAUUUCCUUUUGUAAAACAGAUAAAUUAAAUAAUCGAUAUGUUCAGCUCUUUGAACUCUCUCUAUUGCUUACUUUUUAUGUAUUUUCUAUGUGACCCAUUAAUGUGUUUGUGUAUGAGACAGUGGGUAACUCCCGAAAGAAUUAAAAAAAAACCUAAAAUUCAUUUUUGAAAAUUCUGAGGCCCACUUCUUAUACACUGAUACAUACAUACAUACAUACAAAUAUUUUGUUCGUUUUUUAAUUUCAGAUAUAGAAUUGUAAACGAAUUUUUAUUAACCUUUGUAACUCAGAUAAAUGAAUUCAUUAUUGGAUUCUAUUUCAGGAUUUUGAUGCUAAGUAGACUGUAUAUAAAUUCUGUUAGUUGUAGAUUAUAUCUAUAUAAAUUUCUCA